AUGGGCAGGACUAUGCUGCGCACCCGCACGAAAUUCGAGACAAGGCUGCGCAUCCUCCGCACAAGUUGGACAGCCCUUGAGCAGUCGGGGGGGGAGAAGCUGGACAUCGACUCACCAGUAUCGCCUCGGACUCACGAUGGGAAGGUCGAACCAGAGAUCAACAGCGAGCCUGCGUCACCCAGUGAGAAGAGCACUGGCACUGGCGAGCACAAAGGGAGGAAAAGCUUGAAGAGUGUAGGUUCCGUUCAUGUGCCGCGCUCAUUCCAUGACAUGGUUCUCUUCAAUGCUUCCGUAAUGAACAUGAGCGAAAAUGUGUGGUUCGAGGAAAUGCUCCAGUCGCUACGAGCAUUGGUGCCUAACUGUGGGAACAUCUCCAGGUUGCAGGAAGAAUGUGACUUGCUCUGCUUGGCACUGGUGCAUUACGACGAGGUUAACCUCAACACGUUCAAGCAAGUCAUGUUUGCUUCGCUUCGAUCGUUGUUACCUUCGCAGUGGAACACGGAGCAUGAGAACGCUUGGUCCUGGUUCUGGGAUGGAGUAGAGCAAAGACUAACAACUGGCAUGCCAUUAACAGCCGUGUACAUGAACCAUUUGCAGUCUUUCUUACGCAUGGAUGAGGCUGCCUGCUUUGCUUUCAAGAUGGAGGUAUUCGAAACUUUCUUCGCGACCUGCGAGCAGUCCCAGGAAUUCUUGAAGGCAUCUAAUGCCAAGCUUCAGUUCAUCGCAGGCAGGAUCUUGGACAUCAUGACAGACAUGUUCCGGACACCGCAGUUGGCUGUGAAAGAUAUCUCAGCUCUUGGCUUGCUCCAUGCUGGCUACGGCGUCAGGGAAGAACUUAUUUCACCGUUCGUUACUUCAUUCAUGUCGGCAGUCAAGAAUGUCUGCCCUGAGGACAGCUGGCUGAGAGGCAUCCAGUGGACCUUCGAACUCGUGAGCCGCACGCUCGCUCGGACGCUGGCCGAGGGCUCCACUGCGGUCAUGCGCGCCAUCACAAAGAACUCAGCCCGGCAACUUGAAAAAGCUGUGUCCUCGGCACCCAGAGGUCAGCGAGAACAGAUGCUCCUUCGAGUACAAGUGGGCACAGAGUCCAUCUCACCCCUUCUCUGGGCCAUCCAGAGCGGCGCGCUGCGCUCUGCGGAAGCCAUCCUCAUGGAUCUGCUGAGCAUUCGAGCAGACCGAGCUCGCUACUACUACGGUAUGGAGGGCCUUUGGGACCGGCACCCGGACAUUGUGCCGCUGCUGUGCAAACAAGCUCCCUCAUUGAUGGGGCACUUGCUCGACGGCCUAAUGUGGAGGUCCAAGCAGAUCAAGGGAGGGAUGCGCAGGGUGAAUUAUUACAUCAGCCGUAUUUUGGUGAAUGAAGAGGGAGAGCUUGCGCCAUCCAUGCCUCAGCUGGUAAAGCACGGAGAUCCAAACCUGCUUUGCCACCCCUGCACACGCUUUGUUUUCGAUCUUCUUUGGGCGAGAAUGUGCUGUCUUGCUUUCAUGGUUACCAAACUCUGGUUUGUGCUCACGCUCUUGGACUUCAUUGUGGGCUUGCAAUAUGGCAUCCUCAUGUUUGAUUCAGCUGGACCUGGCAGAUGGGCACUGAUCAGUUGUCGCUUGUUCAUGUACAUCUUCAGCUUGGGCCACCUGUUCGUAAAACAUACCUCGCUAUUUGCACGUGCAUACAAUCAGGGACGGACGGUGCGUUGUUGUCGAUGCCUUCGGCUGCCUGCUUAUCUCCUCGCUUCCAGACAGGAAUUUGUGGAGUUUGUCUUGGCAGUCUUCCUGUUUUGCAUGCUGACUAUGGAGCCCUUCUUGCAUUGCUUGAACGUUGAUGACCGAUUCGUCACCAACUGCUGUGAGCAUGGUGAGUUCUACUGCACCUUGUCCGACAACUACGAUCGCAUCUCCACGAUUCCCAUGCUCCUGUACUUCAUCUUAGCAUCGGACCUAGUCUACCUCAGCAUCCAUCUCUCCAGCUUCGUCGUCAUUUGCACGAGCCUCUGGUGGGAGUUUGUGCUCUACUUGGGGGCUUUGGUCUUCAUGGCCACAGCUUUCGCGAGUGCCAUCGCCUGUCUCCCACAGACAGGGGCAGAUGCUAGCAUUCAGCUACGUGAUUUCUACAACUGGCCAUCUGCCUUUCAGUCGCUCAUGUCCAUGUCCUUGAACAUGUACAGUGGGAACAACUUCGAGGAGAUCCACACAGCAACGGAGGUGCCCCUUAAGUUCUGGAUCAUUGCAUUCGGAGCAUGUUGGCAGAUUUUCCUGGCGAACCUGAUGAUUGCACACUUUUGUGAAUCGUACCGUGGUAUCUUCCAGGAUGCCAUGGGCCACGCAUGGCUGACACGAGGCACCGUCAUCUUGGAGACAGCCAUGCCAUUGAUUUCUGCCAAGAAAUGGAAGGACUUCAUGCUGUCUCUAAGGCUCGAGGAGCCAUGCGAAUUGGACGAAGGGGAUGUUGGACCAUGUGGCGGGUUGGCCACCGUGGAAGGGCCCUUCGAGCAUUUGAAAAGUCCCUCCGUGGAGCUGGACAGGGUCCAACGCUUUGGUGGCCUGGCCUCCGUCGACCUCCCGUGGCCUGAGGACAAGGCCGACAAGGAUGACGCCAGCGACAUGGUUUACAAGAUAACGAACGCAAGAUUCGACGAGCAGGACCGCAUGUUGAAGGAGAUUUGCAUCAAGCUGGGCAUCCGAGCCUCAGGCACUGGGACUGGAUCGUCCGCAGGAUCAAUGAUGGGCCAUUCUCAGCUUUCAGACAGACCUAAGGCAAAGCUUGCGGUGGUUGAGGGGCCUGGUUCCUCCAUUCCCGACGAAUCGAUCCCCGAGGACAAUAGCGAUGUCGCCGCCACGGAGGUGAUGGAGGAUCCGAGCCGCCACAACAGCGUGACAAGCCCUCGGCACUUUGGUAGCCUUGGCAGCCUUCCCUAG